UUUGUGUCAAAGUGAAAGAGUUUGUGAUCCAGGAGAUAUGGCACAAAAAAUACUCGACCAAGAAGCCUUUUCCUGCUCCGUGUGUUUGGAUCUACUGAAGGAUCCUGUGACUAUUCCCUGUGGACACAGCUACUGCAGGAACUGUGUCCAACAGCACUGGGACCAAGAGGACGACAAGCAGCUCUACAGCUGUCCUGAAUGUCGCCAGAGCUUCAGCCCCAGACCUGCCCUGAUCAAACACCUCCUGUUAGCAAGUUUAGUAGAGCAGAUGAAGAUGACAGCGCCCCCUGCUGCCUGCUGCUAUGCUGAGCCUCAGGAUGUGUCCUGUGAUGUGUGCACUGGGAGGAAGCUGAGAGCUGUCCAGUCCUGUCUGCAGUGUGUGACCUCUUACUGUGAGCGCCACCUACAGCCUCAUUAUGAAGCUGCAACUUUGAAGAAACAUCAACUGGUGGAACCGUCUCACAGACUCCAGGAAAACAUCUGCUCUCAACACGACAAAGUGAUGGAUCUAUUCUGCCGCAGUGACCAGCAGCUGCUCUGCUCCCUGUGUGUGGACCAACAUAAGGGUCAUGACAUAGUGUCCUCUGCCUCAGAGAGGGCUCAGAGGCAGGCAGAGCUGCCGGCCAGGAGGACCCUGCUGCUCCAGAGCCUCCAGCACAAAGAGACAGACCUGAAGAGGCUCCAACAGGAGGCCCAGGACAUCAGACGCUCUGCCCAGACAGCAGUGCAGCACAGCGGGGACAGCUUCACACAGAUGGUCCUUCUCCUGGAGAAAAGACGCUCUGAAGUGGAGCAGCAGAUCCGCUCCCAGGAGAAGACCCAACUGAGCCGAGUCCAAGAGCUCCAGGACCAACUGCAGCAGGACGUGAGUGAACUGAAGAGGAGCAUCUCUGAACUGGACACACUGGCCCUCACCCAGGAUCAUAACCAGUUUAUACAGGUCUACACUUCACUGUCCCCACACACACACAGCACAGAGACACACACCAUUCACACAGGGGACCAGAGCUACUUUGAGGAAGUGACCAGAGCUGUGUCCAAGCUCAGAGACACACUCCAGCUCACUCUGAGUCCAGUCCAGGUUUCACUGCCACCAGCUGCUCCCAGCUCCAGAGACGACUUCUUACAAUAUUCUACAGAAAUCACUCUGGACCCAAACACAGUCCAGACAUGGCUGUCUCUGUCUGAUGGAAACAGAAGAGCAACACUUUUCAGAGAAUCCAAGAAUUAUCCAGAUCAUCCAGACAGAUUCAGUAACAGGUUUCAGGUUCUGAGCAGAGAGAGUCUGAAGGGUCGCUGUUACUGGGAGGUGGAGUGGAGCGGGGUGUGUGUUCAUAUAGCAGUUUCAUACAGAGACAUUCAGAGGAAAGGCUAUGAUGAAUGUGGAUUUGGAUACAAUGAUAAAUCCUGGGCCUUAGAGUGUAACAAAAACAGUUAUUCCUUUUGGUUUAACAAAGUCCAGUCCCAGGUCUCAGGUUCAGUCAGGUCCAGAAUCGGGGUUUACCUGGACCACAGUGCAGGGGUUUUAGCAUUUUACAACAUCUCUGAAAAUACCAUGAGCCUCCUCCACAGAGUCCAGACCAGGUUCACUCAGUCUCUCCACGCUGGGGUCAGGUUUAGCGGUUAUUAUGGAGACACUGCACAUUUCCCUAAACUCAAAUAGCAGUUUUGUUCUCCACAGUUCAUGAUCAAAAUUGUGACUUUUAUUUGUAACUAAUCAGAUAAAAGUUUCUUCAUCAGGGCAGAAAAAAGAUACUAAAUGAUUUUAAAACUAGUCUCAAAACUAGACUCAUAUGAAAAAGAAUCUAUACUGAAAAAGAGAAAACGUGGGGAAAAAAGUCACAUUUCCAACAAUUGUGGACAUGUUAAAAAUUGUAUUGGUGUAUAAUAGUGUUGGUGUAGACCUUAAUAUUAAAGAAUCAACUGUUGUAUAAUUUUGUGAUGAAAAUUAUGUUCUAUUCAAAAACAAAACAAAACAAAAAUAUAUUUACUGUUCCUACUAUUUCUGGAAAACAACAUUCAUUCAUUGUUUUACACCAGUCACUGUUUAAUUUAACUUAAUCUGAACUUUCUUUCAGUUCAAAUGUUAUUCCUCAUGUAAAAUAAAAGUAUGUCACUUUUUGUUGUACCUUAAUGAAGUGAUUUUGUAAAACUAAAAUCUGUUGUAUGUUUUUCUCUGUGGAUUUCCAGAUUGUGUUUUUUCUGGUCUGUCAGUUUCUCAUUAAAUUGGAAUGAA